AUGGAGGAAGCAGCCAAAUAUGCCGAGCUGGGCCUGCACAGGACUUUAGACGCGCAACUCCCGAGCACGAGCAGCAACUCGACGCCGCCCUCGUUGCUGACGGGUUGGGCCCGGCGCCUGUUCCUAUCUCGCAGUGCCGUUACAGCCACAUUCUUGGCCAUGGCGGUGGCGAUCCUGUCGACCGUCGCCAUCCUCAUCCGCGUGCUGAUGAAGUCGACGAUGAACUGCCCGGCCAUGCCGGAGUGGCGUGUGCCGGCAUACCUCGCCUCCGUCGCCGCCCAGCACCUCCUCGAGGUCUGCAUCGCAGCUCGCCAUCGCACAACCCUUUUUGAUUCGCAGCGCCAGCAUCACCAGCACCAAACAUCCUGGUCACCCAUAAGACCUUUCCUCUCCAACAUCGAGCACUGGCCUUUCUACCUGGCAGCCCGCCUCGGCCCAGCAGCCGAGGCCGUCCUGCGCUCCCUACACGUCCUCAGCCAGACUGACCCCGCUAUAAUCGUCCUCUGCCCCAUCGGCUUCCGCCUCGUGUUCGCAGGCCAGCUCCUCCGCACGCUGGCCCUGCUCUCCGCGUCCUCCGCAGUACGACGAGCAGACGAUGAUGAUGAGAGCCGGGACGACUGCAACGCAGCGAACCCGCCGCUACUGCCGCCGCGAUGGAACAAGGACAAGCCCGCGCGGGUGCCCCUCGUCACAAGGGGCAUCUACCGGCUCCUCCGGCACCCAGACUACCUGGGCCUGCUGCUAUGGACGGUGGGCAGCAACCUCAUGAUGCCCUGGGGGCUGGUGGACCCGUAGCCCGUCGUCUUUAUCUUUUCGAUGCCCGCGAUCGUGUGCUUCACCUAUGCGCACGUCCUGGGGAGAAUCAGGAAGGAGGAGGCGCGGCUCGAGACGGUCUAUGGGCAGGCGUUUGUCGAGUACAAGGCACGGAGUUGGACACUCAUUCCGUUUGCGUGAGCCGGGGCAGCGGUGCAGGAAGCCAAACUCUUGACAUAGGGCUGGGAUGAAGAGUCGUUGCAACUACUCUAGAGGAGUUCCUUGUACUACAAUAUAGACAUUAGAAG